AUCCAACACCCAACACCACCUUUCCUUCUGACUUCCCUGACGUCCCACCACUGUCCCCCCCCACCACUCUCCUUACUCCUUUGCUUUCCCAUAAUUAAACAUCAGUACCCACCAUCUCUCUCUGUGUGGCCUUUUCCGUUUCCUUAUUCUUUUUUUUUUUCUUUAGCUGUGUCCUUUCAUUCAACCUCCAUUAAUUGUGUAAUGGUCAUGGGAUAUAAUCAGCCAUACAGAAAGCACAACUGAACCAGAUGUCUAAACUUUCAAAACAGUACAAUAAAUCCAUGAACUUUGCAAUUCCGCUUCUUGAUCUCCAUGACGUUGGAUAUGUUCGUUUACUGUGGAAAAGUGAGAUCCAUUUCCAGAAAAUUUGCAGGAUGAAGAUGAAAUAAGACGUUGCUGCAUGCAGUUCUCUAAGUCCAGGUCCUCUAGAUAUCUUGAAAUGCAGAGUGGCUCAACCUGUUUGUUGUAAAUCCAGGAUGUAAAAUAGCUUCUCAGCCUACCACGCAGCCCAACAAUGAAACCUGCCUUUGACCUUGAAGUAAUGGCCUCUUGGGAAAAUGAUUCUGAAGUUAGCAGCCAAGUAGCUUCCAACAAAUCCUUCUCCUCUGCUGGUCUCUGCAAAAGCAGCCUCGUCAACUCUUCCCAACUCACAAAUCUACUGGUGACUAAAUCAGAGUUAGAGCCAGUCGCACUUGACUUAACUCUCAGCUUCUACACUGAUGAUCUAGUGGGAAAGGAUUCCGCAGGACUCUCACUGUCAAGCACAAGCGAGAGCAGCAAUGAGCCCGCAUCCCAUACAACAACAGCUGCCAUCCCUCGAGUCUUUUCUUGCAAUUACUGUCAACGCAAGUUCUUCAGCUCGCAGGCUCUUGGCGGCCACCAGAAUGCACACAAGAGGGAAAGAACACUGGCAAAGCGGGCUAUGAGAAUGGGUGUUUUCUCUGAGAGAUAUGCCAGCCUAGCAUCUCUGCCUCUGCAUGGAUCUCCAUUCAGGUCACUAGGAAUCAAGGCACACGGUUCUGCACAUUAUGAAUUUGUGCCAUCAGUGAGGUCCCCUGAGAUCAGAAACACCGCAAAGUUUCAACAUGGCUAUUUGGGUAUGCCCAUUUUCGUGGAGGAUGAUGAGGCAGAGCUGUUGUGGCCUGGAAGUUUCCAUCAGGCUGCUGAGGCAGGUAACCCACAUCAGAGUUUCGUACUGACUGAAAGCUCAGACACAAAUUUCGUAGAGGUGACUCCACAAGUGAACAUAGAUAACUCCAUACCCGAUCUCACAUUGAAACUUUGAGAGGGUUGGUUGCUUUUUUAGUAUCUCACUUGUGUUAUCUUUCUGUAUAGUGAGGUGUGCCUCGCCAAAUGACCGCCAAGCUUUUGUUGUGAUAGAUAUUUUCUUUCUCCUUUGGUUACCCAAGUCUUCGCUUUGAUAUUCUACUUGGAAUGUUUGUCAUUGUAUAAGAGCUUCUCAUGGAAUAUGGAUAAUGUGUUGCUCCUAUAUAUGCUUGUUGUGACA